GCUUGGUUGUUGUUUGACGUGUUUUGCUAUCAAGACCGGGAGGCGCGGAUACUAUUGUUUGGCCAGGCUACUGAGUAUACAACAUGGCGACGAGUUUGCAGGGUCGCUCAUCGUCCAUGUAAUAUUUUUAUCUCUCUAGAAAUGGAAGUGAGGAGAUUUAGGAAUUAUUAUUGUCACCAUGCCAGAAAAAGUGAAAAUAAUAGAAUGGCAUCAGUUGGAAAAGAAAAAGUAUUUUCUUUUUAUGAACGUGUACAUGUUAACUACAAAUGCUGUGCUAUUUCCGGUCGAGUUAGUGAAAACUCGACUCCAACUCCAGCGGACCAAAGCUCUUUACAAAAACACGCUGGAUGUCGUUUACAAGACUGUGAAAAACGAGGGAUUUUUAGGACUUUACAAAGGAUUCCCGGUAAGUCAGUUCGGCGUUCUCACUGGACAUAUCUACGCUUCAAGCUACGAAAUUUCCAGAGAACAAUUCUCCACGCUGCAAAAUGCAGCCCGCGGAUUUUUAGCUGGAGGUCUCGCUGCUGCGUUAGAACAAACCUUUAUAAAUCCAGUAGAUGUUAUAUGCCAGCGAAUGAUGGUCGAAGGGCAAGGAGAAAGAAAUAAGCAGCGCGUUACCUUGAGAUCUGUCGUGAUUGUAAAGCGAGUAUUGAAAGAGCAUGGAGUUUUUGGCUUUUAUCGUGGGUUUACGGCGUCUUUGAUGGUCGAGGGGCUCUGGAGUGCCACUUGGUGGGCCUCUUAUGGGUUCUACUUAGAUAUGAUUGGGAAAAUGGUUCCUGAUGGAACGUCACAUCUCGUUAUCAAGGGUCUGUCCGGGAUGCUAGCUGGAAUUAGCUCUGCUGUGGUGGGUAAUCCCAUUGACGUCAUUAGGGUCAGACUACAGGUGGAAGGAAGAAAGUCUAUUUUGAGAACUCUGCAUGAUCUGCUCAAGAAUGAAGGAGCUCUGGCUUUAACAAAGGGAAUGUUUGCUAGUGCCGUUUCUGAGAUGCCCUGUAGUGCUAUUACAAUAAUUGGGUAUGAAAUGGUCAAGAAACUAAGCUUGAAGGAGAAUUCUGUCAUUGAAUAAUAGUGAAAUAAUAUCUCUAUAUUGUUAACAUUUUGUUGGGCAUUGUGAUGCAUUUUGCAGGCUAAAAUGGAGAGUUUGGUGUACUAAAACACUUGCAUGCUGGUAUGAUUGUUCAGACUGGUUUUUUGUCUUUUUUUUUUUCAGUCCUUAUUUUCCCAAUGCCUUUAAUAUGAUAAUAAUAGUAAUAAAAUCAAAACAUUCUGGGUAUGAAUAGGUGUUGGCCCUUUCCAGAACUCAUUUUAACCCUCACUUAACAGUUGUGACUAAUGUGACUCUGAGUUGGGCCCAAUACAUAUUUAUGCCCACGAACAUGAACUGUAUGGCUGAAUAGUGAGUAUUUGUAUUUGUAAUGGUAAAUGUAGUGUGCAAGUUUGAACAAGGGGCUCAACCUUUAAAUGGAUUAAACCCAGGAGUAAGAGUUAAUUAUGUAAUCUGAUUAUGUGGGUGAGAGACUUAAGGUCUGUUAUCAGUUGCAGUAACUAAUGCUUUGAGAAAUUGGAGUGGAUGUCAAAUACAUCAAAGUCAACAAGUCAUCAAACAUUAUUCACCACAGCACUACUAGCCUUAGUCUAUUUUGGGACAAAUUUCACCCAAUUGAUCAGACUGCACUAUCAAGGAGCAAAUCAAAGAAAUGUAUAAAACAGAUGGCAAAAGUCUUGUUUGCCCUUAGAAUUUUUAACCCCUGCCUGCCAGGUGGACAAUGCUGCUCUUCAUGCAUCAGAAACAGGAGCUUCAACUUUUGCCUGUUAAAAGAUGAUGAUAUUGUAACCUAGCCAUUUCACAGAUUUGUAUCUGGACUACAAGUGAAGAAUCUUUUAGAAUA